CUUUACUCAAUUUUGGUUAAGUCAAUGAAUAACCUAUUUUGUUAAUAUCCAUAGAAAGUUUCAGUGCCUAAAUUUAGCACAGAAAUAUCCCGGUGAUAAUUUGAUUAGGUGGGAAUUUACGCAUUUGGUGCGGUUUAUUUACAGCGUAACGUUUUUGGCGCCUGGCGCUUAACUAAAUUAUGAGAGUUGUCCUUUUCAAUUUUUUGAUGUUUUGCGUCAGUCAAAUAUAGUGAUAGUUUGUGAAAAAAAGUUCGGUUAUCCCAUACUCCAAAAAGAUACAAAUUAUUUAAAAAAUGUCUCAUUUACUACGAAAUCGUAGGAUCGCAAACUAUGUAACCCAGCGUUUCCAACAAACGCAAGUGAAAGUCAAGCUUAAUCAGACCCCAGGAAUAGUGACUACAGGACCAGUAUUUAAGAACGCCAAAAAUUUUCCAGAUAAGGUGGCCAUUAGGGAUCGCAUUGCAGGUUAUACUUAUGCCAAUAUAUUUUUGAGUGCAAAUGAACUUUCAAAAGAAAUAAGCAGCCUCCUGGGUGGUAAAACUAAUGAACGUGUUUUGUUUUUGUGUCCAAAUGAUGUACACUAUGUGAUCACUUUAUGGGCUAUUUGGAUGUCUGGACAGAUAGCAAUUCCAGUUAGCCCUUUGCACCCAGCCGGGCUGCUUAUGUACUAUGCAAACGAUUCAUCUUCGAAGCUUCUGAUUACUGUGCCUGAAUUCGCGGACGUAAUGUCGCGAGUAACAAGGAACUCAAGAUCACACCUCCACGUCCUAGAUGACCGACUGAAACUCAAUUGCACCAUGAUGGAGGCAUCGCGCACUUCCGAUUUAGAACAAGGCGGCAAAGAAGACGCGUUUUACAACAAGUCUGACGCCAUGAUUUUGUAUACAAGUGGAACGACUGCAAAUCCAAAAGGCGUCGUUUUGUCACACAAAAACUUGUCGGCUCAAGUGGGCGCAUUGCUCAAUUCUUGGAAGUUUACUCCCGAUGACGUUAUGCUUCAUACGCUACCGCUGCAUCACAUUCAUGGUAUCAUUAAUGCCCUAUUAUGUCCCUUGUACGCUGGUGCGAAGACCAUUAUGUUGAAAAAAUUCAAUGCUAAUACCGUGUGGUCAUAUUUGCUUGGUGUGAGUGCGAGACCUGAGGACCGCCGCAUCAGUCUCUUCAUGGGCGUGCCGACCAUGUAUUUUAAAUUGAUAGACGAGUAUGAACGUGUAUUCCAGUCCGACGCCAAAAUGGCGGAGUAUAUUAAAAACACUCUUCGUUCUAAGAUCAGGCUUAUGAUUAGCGGGUCUGCGCCAUUACCGGCACCGUUGCAUCACCGUUGGGAGGAUAUUACUGGACACAAAUUACUUGAAAGGUAUGGUUUGACGGAAACUGGUAUGGUUUUGUCGAACGCCUACAACUCUGAUCGGGAACCGGGAUACGUGGGGAUACCCUUACCUGGUGUUUUUGUAAAAUUGGUAGAGGUUUUGGACAAUCAAGAAGACAAAUACGGACGUACAUUGUUGGAAUGUUCAAAUUUGGACGGUACAUUGACGUUCAGAAAAUUGCCUCAGAAAACUGACAAAGGGGAAGAUCCGGUUGGCGAAUUGUUAGUGAAAGGGGCCGGUAUAUUUAAAAAUUAUCACGACCGUCCUGACAGCACGAAAAACUCGUUCACAAGCGACGGCUGGUUUAAGACCGGCGAUCUCUGCCAGUAUUCGCUUGAAAAAAAGAAAUUUAAGAUGUUGGGACGCAAAAAUGUCGACAUAAUCAAGAGUGGUGGCCAUAAAAUCAGCGCCUUGGAAGUAGAAGCGGCAUUGUUAGGGGCGCCAUUUGUGCGCGAUUGUUCGGUCGUCGGGAUCGCUGACAAGGAGUGGGGACAAAAGGUGGUUGCGAUUGUACAGAUUGGGGUGACCAGCAAUGGAACACAGCCGGAGCAGGCGGAGCUGGUCGCCUGGGCAGAAGCCAAUUUGCCUAAGUAUGCAGUACCGAAAGACUGGAGAUUCGUGGAUGCCAUACCAAAAAAUUACAUGGGUAAAGUGAACAAGAAGGAAGUCUUGACUCUGGCUUUUGGGCCCGACCAUACCUAACUCGAUAUAGUCAAGUUAUGAGAAACACUUUAAAAGACUGUGCGGUAUCUAUUGUUUUAUUCUUUUUUCUAAUACGAAGAAUGAUUUGAUUAUUUUAUAAAUAUAAAGGAAGAGGCAUGGAAAAAUGCUUCUAUAAUUAACUUCCUACUUGGUAGGUUGUGUUUUCUUAGAAUGCGAGAUGUCAUUCAUUACAACAUCAAUAAAGAAUCACAUGUUACUGGAAGGAAGCUUUGGUUUUUAUGUGCUAAUUGGUUUUCUUAUAUGUCAGGAGUCAAUGCAAUCUUGAUAUUAGAUUUAUUUAAAUUUUUGUUACCUACCUAGAAUAAUAGAAUAGUUUUACAUAUGCG